AUAAUAUCAUUGAACAUUCUCUUGUCAUCGUUCUCGAAACCCUGAUCGUCGUUGUCUUGCAACGGCGGGUCUGGAAUAGCUCAGUGGUCACCAGAUUUUGUCUCCCCCUCUUCUUGUUCUUGUUGCCAGGAUAACCCACUAAAUUCAACGUUAUCCCCGUCACCUCACCAUACAUUGAUAGUCCAGCACACACUUUGAAUCGCCGCAACAUGCCCGUCACGAAGAAGAAGGGCGCGAUAUUCGCCAUCUACGCGGACUCGCCAGUAGCAUCAAAUGAAGCUGGGACUUCUCAAUCAGUCGUAUCGCCUACCAAACGAUCCCUCAGGCAGGCGUCCUCCACCCUCAAAUCCCAUCCUAAAUCUAAUUCAACCCUCCCUCCUCUAUCCGGUUCGACGGGUCGGAAAGCGCUCUCUGCACUUCAAGCAUCGGCUGUCAAACCUCAAAUUGGCUUCUCCUCUGUCCAGCCAUCCGACGACAAAGUCAAUGCGUCUGCAAUCGACAAACCAAAGGUACCGAUCAACCCCAAGCAAAGCACCACCACAACUGCCAUUUCGACAUCGACCAACACCACCACCACCACCACCGCCUCCUCCCUUAAACCCUCAGGGUCGAUCCGUAAAUCCGGUUCAUCGAAAAAGACAACGGCCUCAGCUACAUCCAAACGGCAAUUCGAUGCCUUCCCAUCCCCUCCCGAUACCGCCGUGUCCACCUUUCCUCAACCAGAUCUCCCAUCACAGCUUGGGGACAAAUCCGCCUCGGUCGUUCGGUUCAAAGAGAAUGCUGCGAGCAACGCUUCCAAAUCAUACGAGUCUCCAAUGAAGAGGGGCAAAUUGAGCACUCCAUCUUCCUCUACGAGAGAUAAGGAGAACGUAGCACCUUCGGUCCUAGACUCCCCGGCUUCGAGAACACGGUCUAAAACACGCCGUCAAGCUGGAUCUAUCUCAUCUCUCUCCGCUCUCGGUAUACAUUCCCCCGUUCAGACUUUGCGGCCAAAGAAUCUCAGGACAGAUAGUGAGAACAGUGAGAAUGCUCUCUCCCGCGCCCAAUGCCUUGUCGGACCGGAAAUGGUCGGUGUCAGAGAUGAAACUGUCUUGGAACUCCGGGGCCUUGUUGGAAAUGGUCGAGGCGCUCUCUCAUUAAAGAAAGGUCGAGCUCUCGCUGGGAUCUUAGGAGCAGGUGUGGAUUUGGGAGAUGCCGUGGAGGAUCAUCUAGGUUUGACUGAGUCACAUGCUGGCAAGAGCUCAAAGGGUCGAAGCGAAGGAAAAGCUCGAUGGGUGGCUGGAGAUCAACCUUUGGCAGACGUCAGUGAGGCUUAUGGGGCUGCUGGCGAGGCUCCCGAAGGCUUUGCGAUUCAGUGAUGGGUCCCACGGGAGACAUCAAACCAGACCGCAUGUACAUAUCAAACCAGACAUUACGAAAUCGCCGCUCGUCGUCUUGAUGAUGUAUCGUCAUUCCAUAAUUUUAUUCAGUCAGAGCCGUGACCCAUGUAUAUUGAUACAGCACACAAA